AAAUUCGGAAUUGGUCAUGCAUAAGAAAAAACUUUGCACAGUGAGUACAGGCGUCAUGUUAUGCUAAUGCUGGCGGCGGCGGCAUAGAAGCGAGGAGAGCAAAACCAAGAAAUGGGAAAGAAAGAAAAGAAACAAAAACAACAGCAGAAGACUUCUCGAAGAGGAGCUUCUUACUAUAGAAACGAGGAAGACGAAGAAGACUAUGACUUCAAUAACAGCUACUCUCAAAGUUUAGCUUCUUCUUCUGUUUCUGAUCAAGAACCAGAACAUGAUGAUUCCAACGAAGAAGAAGAAAAGGAAGAAGUGGAGGAGGAGGAGGAGGAUGCUGAUGACAAAACAGCAUCAAAGAAAGACAUGCCUUCGAAGUUUCUUCUUUACCAACAAUCUGUGCAGUCACCCAAAGGAGACAUAAGCUACUUGCAGAAGUUCUUUUUGAUGUACGUGGGUGGGAGGUUGCCUCUUCAUCUCCAGGAAGAUUUUUGUGGCACUGCCCUUCUUAGUACAGAAUGGCUUCGCAAUGACUCAAGACGGACUGCUGUAGGAGUGGAUUUGGAUCUGGAGGCACUAGAUUGGUGCAUAGAAAAUAACAUGGAUAAAGUUGGAGCUGAUGGAUAUUCUAGAAUAUCCCUCUUCCAUGGAAAUGUCCUGCAGCCUCUUGAGGCCAAAUUAGUCAAUUUUGAAUCUCAAGAAAUCAUCAAUAACAUUAGAUCCAAGGAUUGCAAAGAUGACAGUGAAAGCAAUGAACUAAAAUCUGCUGUCCAGGUGGGCUCCUCUACUUCUACAGAUGAUAUGUACAUGAAGAGAAACGUCCAGCUAGUUCCAAGAGAUAUUGUGUGUGCUUUUAACUACAGUUGCUGUUGUCUCCAUAAACGAGCAGAACUUGUUUUGUAUUUCAAGCAUGUUCUUGGUGUCUUGUCCAAAAAGGGUGGUAUAUUUGUAAUGGAUUUAUAUGGCGGUACGUCAUCAGAGAGCAAGCUAAGGCUUCAGAGAAGAUUUCCAAAUUUUACGUAUAUUUGGGAGCAAGCUGAAUUUGAUAUCAUUGGGCGCAAAACAAGGAUUAGCCUCCACUUUCAUCUCCAGAAGCAGCAGAGAAAACUUCGCCAUGCAUUUUCGUACAGUUGGAGGCUAUGGUCAUUGCCAGAGAUCAAGGACUGCUUGGAAGAGGCUGGAUUUCAAUCUGUCCAUUUUUGGAUUCGGCAGAUGCCAGACACUGAAGCAAACAGGAGAACAGAAGGGUUUGGUGCUGGACGAGACAUAAAGUAUGAGGAGGUCAAGACUUUUGAACAAGAAGAUGCUUGGAAUGCUUAUAUAGUAGCUGUUGCAAACUAAAAUGGUGGCUCCGUCUUUUCUUAUACUUGAUCUUGGCAUGCUGUUUCUGUUGAUCCUACUAUCAUAAGAAUUAAUAUGAUCUCACAAUUUGGUUUUA